CCGAAAUGAAUCCGCUUCCGGAAUAUUGUAUCGAACUAUGAGGGUAGGAAUUUAAUAAUCACAAUUAAUGCUUUAAGUAAUUUCUAUUCCCUCUCCUCCCUCUUUUUGUAAAAGAAUUAAGCAGAAAUUAAUUUAGAUUUUAUAAAUUUGGAAAAUUCAAUACAAAAAUUACCCAAAGCUCCACAGCGUGAGGAAGUUAAUAAAAGCGGAAUUACACAUAAAACUUAAACUUAUUAAACAGUAUUUAAUUUAUUUUGACAAUUUGAUAGACGUAAUGAUUGUCAGAUUUAUCAUGAUUAUUGUUAUUAGUAUAUUAAAUUCAAGGUAAAGGUGCAGUUCAGGUGCGUAUAUUAUUUCUGUUUGAAUCUCUUAUUUUCCCGUGUAAACUUAUGUUAAUUCUUUAUAAAAAGUAUUUUAAAAGUUAUAUAUUUUUAUAAUUUAUAGGCUAGCAUCUUUUUAUUGGAAUACAACAACAAUUUAACAAAUUUUACGAGAUUAAAAAAGUACAUUUUUAUGAAUCUUUUGUGUUUUACGGAGCCGUUGUGGUAAAUCAAGGAUAACUCUUCUGUCUUUAAAGAUACUUUAUAAAAGUUGCCCAAUUGGAUGAAUCUAGUUAAAAUAAAUGAUGUAUUUAUUUUAUAACUUUACGAUCAACUAUAAUCGGAGUUGCCCGGGGCUGCAAUCAGAAAAAAACAUCUCCUACGUCCUUUUAGUUCACAUUGCUAUUAAACAAAAUGUCAACAACAAAACUAUAGUCAAAAAAAUAAAUAAUUAAUUUGUCUCCUAUAAUUUAUAAAAAACACUUAAAAUAACUUAUGUAAACCUUUCGUUUUUCCCGUUUUCCGAUGGCACCCGGAAGGAUCAUGAUGGGAUCCCGAACCCGAUGUGAUUCCGAUAGAAUCCUGGUCAUGGUGGGAUCACGAUCCCGGUAAGAAACCGAUCCCGGUGAGAUCCGUUUCCGGUGGUAUCCCAAACUAAAUGAGAUCCCAAUCCGGUGGGAUCCCGAUUCCGGUGGGAUCCCGUUUUGGUGAAAUUCCGAUCCCGAUAGGAUUUUGAUCCAAGUGUGAUCCUGAUCCCGGUGGGAUCCCGAUCCAGUGGGUUACCGAUCCCGGUGAGAUACGGGUUAUGGUGAGAUCCUGUUUCGGGUGAAAUCCCAUGUCGGGUGAUAUGCAGAUCCUGGUAAUUAUAAGGAGCUCACAUACUUGACAUACGAACCCAGCUGACAAGCCACAUUGCAAUUGUUACAAGCGCCUUUGAGAAAUUCCAGUUGUAUUAACGUCAUUUGUUGCCCCACAAGGUGUGCGUAUAAACCAAAUGCUGCACCAUUAAAAAUGCCCGUUGCAUCAACAAUUUUAGUUAUUGUUUCUUGGUCGUCCUGCCAUUUUAAACAAAAUGAUCCUACAAUCAGCAAUACCGCAAAGCCAAAACGAGUCCGCCUUAUAAUAUACAAAAAAUAAUCACUAGCCCUCACUUUACUCAGCGCAAAUCAGUCACGAUUAAUAAGAGCAUUUGCAUACGAUAAAAGAGGAGGGGUACUCAAAUUAGAGCUGACCAAUCAUGGACAGCGUAUUAGCAGCCUUCAAGAUGAGAUGACUAUCAAAAUGACCCCACGCUAUCAUUCCGAUUUCCCCCAUUUCUGCAACGUCACAAAUAUUUUUUUUGUGUUUAAAGUGGACGCGUGAUCACACAUUGGCACGUAUUCGUGCACCCUCCCCCCCCCCUUUCUUUUUUUCAGCUUCACACCAGGUCCAGGACAAUGAUGACGUGUGUCCCCGCUGCCUUAGUCAGUGAUUCCAAUUCGAAUCUCCCCCCCCCCCCCCCCCCCCCCCCUAAAAAAAAGAAGGGGGGGGGGGGGGGCCUUGUGCGUAAUGAAAAAUCUAGUAUUUCAUUCUUUUUUGUGAAUAUGUUUACAGUUUGAAAAUUUCGUUUAGCAUACUAACUUAUAGGUGGCUAAAAAUCUGGCAUAGGGUGAAAUGAAAAAUACAAACAAAUGGGGCUGUGUCACUUUGGUUGGGGGAUGGUUAAAGACUCUUUAGAAGUAAAAUAAAAAGAAAAGAUGCGAUAUAUAAUUCAGACUUAGUUAACUAUAACUGCCUGUAUUUAAUUAUUAAAGAAUACACGUAAGUUUACAUGAUACAAUUUUUUUAAAAUACGAAAUGCGUUAGAAAUAAUAUACGCACCUGAACUGCACUUUUACCAAAUUCAAAUUAUCAUGGAAUUAAUGAUUUGUCAGAUUUAUGAAAAUUUGACUUGUCCAGUACUUGGUUGUGUCUUGACAAUUUCACUGGUCACUGGUUAUGACUAAACUAAGCAGAUAAGACUGAUCAGUCACUUUUACUUUUUUUAUUAUAUAGAAUAUAUAGGCACAUCACUGUCAGUCAUCGACAUAAGAAUAAACUAAAUAGUAAUUAGGAGGCCCCAAUAGAAAAUAGUAAAUGUUGGUUUGGCAAGCCACUCAUUCCACGGCCGGCGUCUUGGUUGCUAUGACCUCAAAUCAAAUAUAAGUGCACACAUAUCUGCUAAAAUGGGGAGGGGAAAGGGAGAGAAUGUGCUAGUUAAGCUAUUUUCUGUAAGACAUGAAAAUAGGAACAAAACGUUGUUAAAGUUAAUGAAAUAAUUUUAUGCUGCACAUUAAUUAAACUUUAUUUGUGUCAAAAGAAGCUACUCUAGAUAUGUGUCAAGAAGUCCCAAUCACCUACAGUUACUCCCUUUCAUCAUCUAAAAACAUGUGCUACAGUUACACACUGUUGUAAGGAAAGUGUAUAAAUGAAUUAAAAUAAUAAACAAUAUUUUUAAAAUAAUGAAAACCCAACUGUUUCAUCGAAUACACUUUUACAAACUUUAAUGAAGUUCCACCAAACAUAAAGUUGUCAGAAAAGUCAUAGUCAGUGCAAUCCCCAUUUUUCCAAAGUGUUGAAAAAUGUAAAUAUUAUAAUUAGCCACCCGAUUAUAAUUACAAAGAAAAGUUAACUCAAGUAACAAUCCAAGAAUAAACGAAAGGGAGAGAAUCCUAGACUGAAACUCAAAAUGGCACUCUUAACCAAUAUUAACCAAAGAAUAGCUUCAUAUUAAUAAAUUCCAUACAUCAUGAUUUUUAAAAAAUAAUAAUUUGUUUCAUUAUUAAAAGUAUUUUUUAAAAGUAAAACGCAUUUUUUUGUUCGAAUACCACAACCAUUAAACAAACUGUAAGAGAUAAAAAAAGUACUUCCAUGAAUCUUUUGUCAUUCAUUGCGCUAUUGUCAAGGAGAACUCUUCUGUCUUAAAAGAUACAAUUUGUGUGUUGCCCAAUUGGAUGUAUCUAGAUUUAAAUAUUUAUUUUUUGUAACUUUAUUUAAUUACGUCUUUCUAAACCAGUGGUGGGUUUAGACAAGUUUAAAUAUUUAAGUAUUUUCUAUGUACUAGGGGCUAUAAUUUCAGGUUUCGCCCUGGUUUCUUCGCAUGGUCCCUGCAUCCAUUAAUAACAUGACACCUCUAGAGUUUUGUGUGUGGGGCUGAGGGGUUGAGUAUGUUGUACAAUGUUUGUUAAAACUUUUAAUAAAAGUGUCUAAUUAAAAAAAAAAAAUGGUAAUGAUUUGUUGUCAAUAAAUAGUUGACGGUUUAUUAAAGGUGAAAAGCGGGAAAGUAAUGAAAUAUAAGGCAAUAGAGAAGUGAACACCAGAACAAACAGAUUACUAAUAAAGAAAACAAGUCCCUCCAAUUAUAUAAAAUCACUAACACUCUCUGUCAUUGUACUCAGCACAAAUCAAAGUCAACUUAGAAAUUGACUGAUUUUUUUAAAUACAUGUUUUACAUUAAAAAUCCCAUUAAAACCAACAAAAAUAUGUGGCAAACUAAUUGGAAAACAAUAAAGACAUGUUAUUGUAAUCAUUGAAGGGCUUUAAUGUAAAUAGAAAGUUUUAAAUUUAUUUCACUAAAAAUAAUUAGUCUGUAGUAACACCAUAAUAAGUGUAGAACUAUAAUAUGUAAAUACUAAAUAGUAGGCCGACUAGACUAGAUAUAAGUAAGGCCUAUUUAUUAACAAUACAUCAUGAUGUGCCACACCCCAUUUCUUUUGAAAACCUUUCACCCCCCACCCCCCAUCUUAAUUUCAAAACAUAUUUCCCGCAAGUUACAUAAUAAAAUAAGUUAAUAAAAGUGGUAAUAAACCAGAUUCUCUGGGUCUCCCCCGCAUUCCCUGACACUGCUUCUCGCACCCCCCCAGGGAUAAGGGCACCCAUGGUUAAGGAUCCCUGAAUAGACAUGGUAUAAUAGUAAUAGAAUAUACAGAUUAUUUAAGUAUAUAUAUAAUAUAGGAUAGGUGCUUUCACUAACCCUGUGUGCUGAUAAAUUUAUGGGAAAUGGACAAAUCCACACCUCCUGAAAAUGAGAUUGGUCAUAAGGUCAAUUGGUAAACUGAUGUUCUGUGUAACAUUGCCUAACCACGUGGAAAUAUCAGCAAUUUUCCAAAAAUGGAAAGAAAUAAGCACAGGUUUGCUGCAUCUGUAGAAUAUAUGGCUAGAAAUUGCACCAUAUAAAUUAAAUUGUCUGUUUUUAUUCUAACCACAAACCCAAAUAAAAAUAAUUUGCAUUUACUUUAGGCUAAGACUAGUGAGACCAAUUCUCAUUUUGUUUUCUAUUAAAUUUCAUUUGUAGGUCUUCACAUUAUUUUGUUUUCUAGCUGUUCAUAAUCAUGCCAAAAAUAUUUGUUUUUGUACUUUGUGACACAUGUCAAUCUUGAUUGACCUGAUUAUCUGUGUCCCAAUAAAUACAUUUUUUCUUUGUUUAAAAAUUUAAACUUUUAGGCCUACAAAAAUUGAUUUUAGUGUUACGUGUAUGUAAAUGAAUGGGCAGCAGUAAGUCAAAACUUUUUCUAGAUUAUUUUAAUUUUUUUUAAAAAUAGAAUCAUCUGAGAUUUGUUGAUAUCUACUCAAUAGUCGUUCAACCGUUGCUUUCCUAACAUGUUUCGUCAAGAGAAAGAUCUCACAACAGGGGUAAGAAAAAACUGAUAAACUUUUUUAUUUUAAGUACCUUAUUAAAUAAAUAUAAGAAGGCAAGUAAUUGUUCGAGUGUCAGUCAGGAAAUGUAGUAAAGUUCCAUUUCAAAACAAAGAAAAAUGUGUGUAUCAACUAUUAAAAAAAUGUUGAUAAUUUUUUUUAUUGUUAUAUAUCUAGAUGAUGGCCUCACAGUCACCAUCACAAAUGUCAGGGUUUACUGCUGGUACAAAUUUUUAUGGCCAAGGUAUGUGGACAAAACAUAGAUUGUUAUUUGAAAGUUUUGAAUUUUAAAAUAUUAAAACUUUCUCAGACUUAUUCAAAAAUAUGUUUUGUAAAAACAGUGGAAUUAUAUAAUACUGUCUACCAUAAAAAUAUAAAUAUGCAGUUUCAAAAGCAAUUUUUAUAAUAUGUUUUAGGCACAUUACCUCUACCACAAAGGGCAAUAGGGGGAAAUCACUUCAGAAGUGGAAAUAGCACUGGUCAUAUAACACCGACAAGUAUGAAUCCUGGUUUUGCAAUGGGACUUCAGCAACAGCAACAGCCCCAACAACAACAGCAUUCACCAAACAGUUUAGCAGCAAUUGGUCCUAGAAGUGUAUUAGGAGCACAGAGCCAAGCUAAUUUAGCCAGUUUACAAAAGAGAGCGUUCAAGUGAGUAAUUCUUGUUUCUCUUUUCUUGUGUCAUAUAAAAGGAAAUCUUUGGUCUUUAAGAAUGUUAGGCAUGCUAUUAGUCUAAACAUGUUUGCAUUUGUUUAAGUGUAUUGCCUAGUUUUAUUAUCUUAAAAUGCACAUUCUAUACAUGUUCAUGUUUGUGGAGUUAAAAAUAAAAAUAACACAAUUAUUUUUAUAGAUGACACUGAUGUUUUAUUAAAAUUUCUGCAUUUCAGUUCUGGUCCAAUGCAAAAUUUUGCCUCCAGUUAUGGUUUUGGAGGAACAAGACCCCGUAAGAUAGUUUGUUUCAUUUUAGAUUUGUAUUAACUAGUUUGGAAGUAAAUAUGUGGUAUCUUGUUGGCUUGACCAAUAAGGUUAUCCUAACCAUUUAUUGCAUGGAAUCAUAGUCUAUAGAUUUUUAAAAAUUAAUUUUAACACUUAUUUCAUUUUCCUUAUAGUUGAUUCACAUCCUGCGAUAGAUUUAUCAGAUUUUCCAAUACUAAGCAGUAGAUCAUCUGCAACAUUAAACCCUAUGCCAUCAACACGAAACUACGGUGAGUAAUACAGCAUAUAUUUUUUUCCUUUAUCCAAUCAAGCAUGAGGGUGUGAAAUUGAUAAUCUUAUGUAUUGUAUAUUUUUUUGUAGUCAAAUAUUUUAUGGUGAGCACUAAUUUAUUGUAUAAAAAGUAAGUUUUAAAAAGUAUUUAUCCAUAUAAAAUAUUUAAACUUUUAAAUUUUAACAACUCCUCAAAAGUUUUCUUAAAGCUUCGCAUGGUCUGUGGUUCGUUUUUGAACUUUUCAACUGUUGGUUGAUCUUUUUAUGCAUUAAAUAGCCAUUGAACUCUCUUAGUUUUAAGUCUCAUUUGAGGUGACCAUGUGCUGGAAUAUCCUGACAGAAUCAGCCUGUGAAAAAAUUGGCAGGUCAUGCUUCACCUGAUCAUGACUCAAGCCCUAGAAACUUGUGAUGUGUGGCAAAGCUUUUGCCCCAGGACCAUUGCAUGUCCCAAACAAAUUAAAUUAAUAAAGCUUACAUUUCUUGAGAAGUUCAAAUUACAUUAAAUUUUACUGACCUAUAAUCAAAAAUGAAAAUGAUGGUACAAAAUUUCUAAAUUAAUGCAAUUUUUUUUCUAUUUCACGCCUAACUCUAAAUUCUCCUCCUUUGGAAGAAAUCCUUGCUGCCUUUUCCUGACUAGCUGGCAGCAAGGAUUUUUCAUUGCAAAUGUCAUCCCUAUAACUUUUUAUCUGUUUUUGUCAUUAAGUCCAACCGGUAUCUUCCGCAGUGGGAAUGGUGAGUAAACCUGCCCCAGAUUCAGCACCUGAGUUCAAUAUCACACAAGAAGAGUUCCCUGCUCUUCCAGGAGCUCAAAGUAAGCAAAAAUGUUCUCUUAUUUUGUCAGUGUUCAUGCUUAAAUGCUAAUUUAUUCAAUGUUUUAUGGUAGAUCAUAAUGUUUUAUGGUGACUUAUUACACAUCUACCAGAUCUCAACAUGGCAUUACAUUUAAGUGACACCUAGUACUAUUUUGCUACAAGAAAAAUAAUUGAAUACUAAUUUCUCUCUUAUUCUCAGAUCCACCAUUGCAAGCUGGAGAUGUCAGGAAUGUAAGUGAUUCUGUGGCUUUGAAAGUAUGGUAUCAUUUAGGGAGAUCUGGAGAACUGCCAUAUAAAUAAAACUGUAUGCAAAUAACAUUUUGAAUUUAGAAAAUGUAACAGUUUUGUAACAAUAAUGUAUUUUUUUUGUUUUUGCUAAUGAUCAAGUAAACAAUAGAAGUUUUAUGUUAAGUCUUCUACAUUUUUCGUGGGCUUUUGUCACAUGAUGAAAUUAAAUUUCACAUUUCAGGGUAAUGGAGCUGUUGGGGGCGAUCAGCUGUCUAAAGAUGGAUCUAAAGGAGAUGGUAAAAAAUCAAUGGCACCUAAACGAGGAAUCCAGACACACAACGAUGGUGAGAUAUUUCAUUUUUGCUUUAUGACUAUGGUAUUGUUUGUUUGUUCAAUUUUGCUACCUAUGUAGUUGCUUCUUAGGUUUAUACAAGCAAAGAAUUAUCCUUUAAUCACUUGAGUCAGUACAACCUUUGAUUGAAUUGAAUGUUUUUUGUUAUUCCUAAAAUUUAAAAUGCACAUAUUAAUUACUAAGUGCAUUAAAUUUCAGUAUUUAUAUAUUAUCAGUUUGGUAACAGUAAUAAUUUUAGUGAUUACAAUUUUCAAUUAUUCCAGGUACAAUUUCCAACAUACCCUCAGGAAUGGUAAUGGACCAGUUUGGAAUUGUAGGGCUUUUGUCUUUCAUACGGGCCGCAGAUCAAGAUGCCAAUAUGGUUGCAUUAGCGCCAGGAAUAGAUCUUACAACAUUAGGGCUAAAUUUAAAUUCUCCUGAGUAAGCAAUAUUAUUAAAACCACACACUAUCAUUUACUCUCUGAAUAAUUUCCAAUGUCCCUUUGCAAAAAAAAUGUAGUUUUUAAUUAGGUCUGAAAAUUAGUAUAUUAUUUUUAAAUUCGGGUACCAUUCUUUUUUUCCUUUUUCUUCUUAUAAUUUUAUGACUGUAAUUAUGUUUUUAUCCAAAUAGGAAUCUCUACAGCAUGUUUCAGUCACCAUUUGCAGAGACAGCGUGUCGGCCCCAAGAUAUUGGUGAGGGUGACUUAUUAUGUAAUUCCAGAAAUGCCUAGAUAACACUAACUGAUUUUUUUCCUGUUUAAAGAAAAAUUUUUUUUUUUUUUUUCUUCUUCCACGCCUCCUUUUUAAAGACUUGGUUUCCACUCCCAUUUCCAUCUUGCGGAGGGUACUUUUGUUGUUGACACACAUGACAUUUUAAGAGUCUGUCUCGUGCAUUGUUCAACUUGUGAAUGACUGGAAAAUAGUGUGUAAAGGUGUGAGCAAGUUCUUGAAACUUGGUUGAUGGAGGUGGAUUGAUUCUGUUGCUCAAAUAAUCGUGGUUGACUAUAUCUGCUUGGUUAAGUGGGUGGGUGAGCUCAGAUUUGUAUCUUGGUUGAGUGAACUGGUGGGUGAGCUCAGAUUUAUUUUUUAGUUUUAUUCCUAGGUAAAGAGUUGUCAUUUUGGAUUUUGUAAGCAUUUGAUAUUGAAAAAGUAAUAAUUCUACUUUUGUCGAUAAUUUAAAGAUUACUUUUUUAUUACCAGUACUAAAAGGGGGCAAUAAAAAAGGUAAAAAACUUUUUAAAAAAGAAUUUCUUUCAAAGACAAGUUAAAACGCACUAUCAAGUAGAAAAAAAAGAAAAAUUUCUUAAAAUGCAUCACGCAAAGGAAGUCUGUGCAAAAAGUAUUGUUAAAAUGUAAUAAAAAUAAAACAUCCUCAUUUUCGUCGACAUUAAAUUUGAAUCCUAUGGCUACAUAGAGUGUUCAUCUACUCUUCUGCAAAGUCUUUGUUUCAGUAAUGAAUUUUAAGAGAUUUUAAAUUAUUGUCUAAUUUUUAGUGUGUUUUAACUUGUUUUGAUGUUGAUAGAAAGUCUUUUAAAAAGGAUUUUUAACAAAAUUUGUUUAUUCCAUGUGUAACUGGUUGUUGCCUUAUAACUAUGCAAGAUAUAAUUAUUGGCAUUAUUCCUUCAACUCCUUUUCUAGAGUCCCCUAAUUAGUACCAUAAACAAUAACAAUGAAAUAUGUUUUGCAAUUUUAAAUUUUCAGCAAAUUAUUUUUUUCUUCCAGACUACCAUGUACCUGCAGAGUACCUCACUAACAUGUUUAUAAGAGAUAAGGUUAAGUAUAAUUUUGUAUAGAGAUUAUCAUUCUAUAGGUACUAUAAUGAAUAAAUACAUUUUUUUUCAUAAAAGAUAAUAUGCAGCCAGCAUACAUCAUUGAGAUUCUCAAAUAAUGUAAACUGUGUUGCAUCAUCUGGUGUAUCUCUUUUAUAUGAUAGAAUUAAACAGCAACUAGUUUAACCAUGGCGGUUUUUCAAUAAUUUUUUUGAAUAAUUUUCUUUUGCAGUUAGCACCAAUCAAAUUGAAUCGUUACAGUGAAGAUCUGCUUUUUUAUCUAUUUUACAUGAAUGGAGGGGAUGUACUCCAGUUGGCAGCAGCAGCUGAACUGUGAGUCCUCUUGAGUUUGGUUAGAUCUUGUACUUGCCCAGAAUUAUUUUUAUCUUAGAUGGCUGAAUACUGAGCCUAGUGGCUCCUACAUUUCUCAUGACACAUCAUCAUUUGUAGUCCUUCUUGUUUCAGUAAUGACAGUGAUUUUAUCAUAACCCAGGGGCAUAACUGUUGAAUUGUGAUUUUUUAUUUUUUGCAGUUACAACCGGGAUUGGAGGUACCACAAGGAGGAACGUGUCUGGUUGACCCGUGCGCCGCAGUGUGAGGUGUUUAACAAAACCACAACUUCAGAACGAGGCACUUAUCUCUUCUUUGAUGCAAAUCAGUGGCGCAAGUUUGGAAAAGAAUUUCACUUAGAGUAUGAUAAGUUGGAAGAGCGGCCAGUAAUACCAAACUAAUUCAAGAUGUGGGGGAUUGUGGGUUUCCAUUGCCAAACAUUCAAAUAGUCCAGUAUGUGAUUUACUGAAACCUGAUAGCAAAUUUGGUAUCAAUCAUGACAAACUAUACAACAACAGUGGUGCACAAACCAAGUCAACUUCUUUCAGUUCUAAAUAGUUCAACUUUAUCAAGCCAGUAAUAUAGCGAUUCAUAUUUUGAUAAUCUCAAGGUGUUGAUGUGACUUGUUAAAUAAUUUAAUUCCCAAAAUAUUUGUUUUUCACAAUUCACACUUCUUUAGGGUUAAAGUGAUUGUUUUUUUUGUCUGCAUAAUUUAAAUACAACAAUAAGCCUUUCUGUACAACUGGCUAUAAGGUAAUAUCAACUUUAUUUCUUUAAAUGGCAAUUAUACAAUCAGUGUAGUCUCUAAAUCUUCAGUGAAACAAAUGUACCGUAAUCUGAUUGCCCAGAAGAUCUUAAAAUGAAAUCUUAAAUCAUUUUUUCUGAUUUGCUGUAAUAUUUAUUAUUCAGUUUUAUUAAGCUUUCUACUACUUUUGGCAAUAAAAUGGUCAUUAUCUCCAAUUUAUUUAAUUUUACAGCAUGAUUAAUUCUUUUAUGGUUUGAAGUUCCUUAACAAAGUGCCAUUUUAAAUUGUCUUAAAUAUAUUUGCUAGUAGACUUAAUGCAAAUUUCAGGUCCACACAUUUAAGAUUUUUUACUUUGUCCAAAGUGAACUCUGCUGCAGAUUCAAGUUGCUGUUGAAUAUCACAGCUUUCACUCUGGAGACAGUUUUUAGCUGAGAUGUUCUGAUGAAGCUCCUCUAUUUAUUUGGUUAAAAUGUAAUUCAAAACGAAUCAGAUUUUUAUUUUAAAAAUUCCACUGUUCAGAAAUAUGUAGCAUUAAAAAAAAAAGCAAGGGUGCGAUCUACAUUAAGUGAUUAAGAGUUGGUUUUAGUUAUAUCUUGUUUCAAUAUGAAGUUCAAUGACUGACUACAUAAAAAUGCUUGUUGGUUUAAGACUUUGGAUAUAUCGACAUGUUAAAACUUGGAUUUGUGUAAAUGAUUUUAUUUUUUUUAAUUGUAAGAUACUGUUUAUAAAGAUGCAAGUGUAUAAAAGAAAAAAAACACAGAAAAUAUGGAUGGAAAAAUACAAUUUUUCUGUUGUCUGUAAACAAGAUUUUGUUUGUUGUUUUCAUUUAAAAUUCAAUUUUUGUAAAAGAAUGUUUUUUAGGCACCCCUCAUAAUAUAAUUUGUCUUUUGGGUGG